UGUAUAUUUUUAGUCUGUGGUUGAUUGACGACUUCGAGAAGAAGGAAAAAGCUAGCAGACGCAUUUAAUUAUCGUUUUCCAGUUUUAUAUAAGUGCAAAAUGGCUAAAAGGAAGAAUAAACCGCUGAUAGACUCGGACUCCAGCAGCGAGUGUUCAGAUUUAGACUCACAAUUCCUCAAUUUAGCAAAGAAAAAGAAGAAAACCGGUGAUUCACCACCGCAGUCAAAAUCCAAGAGAUCUGGUUCCGGAUCUGACAGUGAAUCCGACUGGGAUGAUGAUGAUAAUAAGAAAAAUAAUUCAAAGUCAUCGUCAUCAUCAGGAUCAGAUUCUGAAAGCGAUGCCAGAAGUGACACGUCAAAGAAAAAGGAACCAGCUCGGACUAGUAGGAAGACAUCGUCAGAGCAUUCCGAUGAUAACCGGAAAAAACCAGAACCUAAAAAGACAGAAACUAGAAGAAGUACUGAUAGUGCUGGCUCAGGAAAAAAGAAAGAGACUUAUAGUGAACCGGAGGAAGGUGAAGUAUCAUCACAUUCGUCAGACAAUGAUUCCAUUGAUUCCGAAGAGGAAUUUGAUGAUGGCUACGAUGAAAACCUCAUGGGAGAUGAAGAGGAUAGGGCUCGCCUCGCCGCCAUGUCUGAGAAGGAGAGAGAACAAGAGAUCUUCAAGAGAAUCGAGAGGAGAGACCUUAUGAAGACCAGAUGGGAGAUAGAACGCAAGCUCCGCCUAGCUCGUCGCUCUGCGGCGGAGCGGUCCGCGUCGCCCGGAGAGAUACAGCGGCGGCGCGAGGCGCGGCGCAGGAGACGAGCGCUGCGGGAACAGCGCCAGCGGGAGAGAGAGAGGGACCGCCAGGAGAAGAGAGAGGCUGAAGCUGAAAGGCCGGAGCCCAAAGAACCUGAGAAAGAGAAAGAGCAGACACCUCCAAGUCCUGGUGAGAUACUCGACGACCCCAAGGAUGCAGACCCAUCAGAACGUUCCGCCUCCCCCCUAUUCGGGGCAAAGACAGAACGCAAACGUAACGUGGAUGACAAACGUCAGAACGCAAUGGCGGCUCUCAGAGCUCAACGCGACGCUAAAGCCAGUCGAGUCGAACUUACCCGACAGAAGCGAAGGCAGGAGGAAGAAACUAAGGAUAAGGAUGAUGAUGAUGCGAACGACUACGUUUCUCCUCAGGACGCGGACGCCGAAAUUAUCGGAGGUACUAGCAAGCAGAGCGUCAAACUGAAAGCUUCUGACAUCUAUUCUGACGACUCUGGCUCGGAUUCUGACGAUAAUAAGUCGCAAGGUCGGCGCAGUUCGUCAAGUUCUUCCUCGUCAGACGGAGAACAAGAGGAGAAGAAGCGAGAGAGAGAAGAAGUGGAGAUCAAAUACGCUGACACUAAGGAACAGAUCAAUAAACUUAGACUUAGCAGGUUUAAACUGGAACGUUUGGUACAUCUUCCAUUCUUCGCUCGCGUCGUCAACGGCUGCUUCGUAAGAAUUGGCAUCGGCAAUAAUAACGGAAAUCCUGUUUAUAGGGUAGCAGAAAUAAUAGACGUAUAUGAAACGGCUAAAGUAUACAAUUUAGGUAACACUAGAACGAAUAAGGGACUUAAGUUAAGGCACGGCACACAAGACAGAGUGUUCCGGUUAGAGUUUGUUAGUAAUCAGGAAUUCACAGAGAGUGAGUUUCAGAAAUGGAACAAAGCGAUCAAAGAUGCGAAUAAGAAGCCUCCCACUAUGGACUUCGUUAGAAAUAAGAUACAAGAGGUUAAAGAGGCACUUAUGUAUGAAUUUAAGGAAGAGGAUAUAGAGAAGAUAGUAGCUGAAAAGGAUCGAUUCAGAUCACAUCCCACAAACUAUGCUAUGAAGAAAACUCAACUUAUGAAGGAAAGGGAUGUCGCGCAAUUGAGAGGAGAUGACGAAACAGUGAUGGAAUUGAACGCGAAAAUACAAGAGUUAGAAGAACGAGCGAGUCAGUUGGACAAAACUAGAACUUCAUCUAUACAGAGUAUAUCUUAUAUUAACAAUAGAAAUAGGAAACUUAAUGUUGAAACUGCCGAAAAGGCUAUCAUGGAAGAGGUAAAAGCGAAUAAAGGCAAAAAAACAGACGAUCCUUUCACGAGGCGACAUACUAAACCUGUCAUGAAUUUCAAGUCUGGAGGGAGCAAAACUCAGGAUGUUAUAAGGAGUGAAGAGGAAAUAGCGGAAAUGUUAAAACAGAGAGAAGAAGAAGAGAAAGCAGCUAAAGAACAGAAAGAAAGAGAAAGACUUCAACAACAGCAAGACUUGGAGAAGGCGAAACGCGACAAGCCGGCGGGUAACGACACAAGUUUGUACUCGCUACACGACUUCGAUAUUAACAUCGAGCUCGACCUGCCUAUAGCCAAAUCAGUAUCAAGCCAGCCCAAACAGGUGACGACGAAAGUGAAAGAAACCGGCCCGAAACGUUCACUUAAUUUAGAAGAAUACAAGAAACGCCACGGGCUCAUAUGAGUGUUAAAAUACAGACUGAUACAGUGCUUGUGAUCUAAGUUCGGAGUAUUGGUGAUUAACGAAAUCAUGGUGACAUCGGUGAUUAACGUGACCGAAAAGUGUAUUGUGGUUAUUAACGAAAUCACCUCUUAGUUGCAGUGUUUUGGUGAUUAAAAAGUGUUUGUGGUUAUUAGAAGAAUCACCGUUUGUACCAGUGUUUAAAGUGCUUCUACUAUUUCAGUUGCAAAAUGUUUGUGGUUUUAUAUCACUGCUUUAGUUGCAAAGUGUAUGUGGCGAUUAAUAAUCACCAGUUUAGUUGCAAGUGGUGAUGUUAGUGAAAGCUUGCUAUCUUAAAUAUGUAUUUCAUUGGUGUAUAAAUCUUUACUACAUUAUGUUUUGUGUAAAUUCACAAUGAGGUAAAUGUUAUUGCUAAAUAAAAUAUAUCUAAAAUAACUUACUUUAAAACCUAUUGUUUACACAAAAAGGCGUAAAGGACAAAUCACAAAAUUUGUAGUAAAUAACACAAUUGUAUACCGUAAAAAGCAGUAGAAAUGCGUAAAACAUUGUAAUUGACAUAAUUACCAAUAUAAUCUGAGAUGAAUCGGAUUUUUUAAAUGUACAAAAAGUGAUAGUCUUGCAUUUUAUUUCGUAAUACUUAACAUAAAUGCGAUUUUAAUAUUGCACAUUGUAUUAAUAAAUAAAUUGUACUAAGUCGUGUUACUGCAAACGCCACAACUCGAAUAAUUGUUAAAUACACAUGUAUUUCCAAUUUCAAUAACUAAUCUAUCGUUUUUUUGCGACUAAAGAUUGAAUUUAGACAUUAGCUUCAUAAAAAUUAUGUAAAAUUUAAAUCUUUAAAAGAAAAACAUUGGAUGGAUUGGUCAUUAAAAGCCGCAGUUAUUAAUUAAAACCAGCAACAAUAAAAAGAGCCCAAUACUCCAGAACAAAAUAUUAAUAAUUAAAAUAGAAUUAAUACUGUUUUUCUGUACAAUAUGUUAUGCUUAUCUUAAUUUUUACCUGAAUGCCUAAAUACCAUGUUUUUAGGGUUCCGUGCCCAAAUGGUAAAACGGGACCCUAUUGUUUUCGCUCCUCUGUCCUUCCGUCCGUCUGUCACCAGGCUGUAUCUCAUGAACCGAGAUAGUAAGAGAGUUGAAAUUUUCACAGAUGACGUAUUUCUGUUGCCGCUAUAACAACAGAAACUGAAAACUAGAAUUAAAUAAAUAUUUUGGGGGCUCCCAUACAACAAACGUGUUUUUUUUUUCAUUUUUGCUCUAUUUUGUUUUAUGAAUAAUGGUACGGAACCCGUCGUGUGCGAGUCCGACUGGCACUUGUCCGGUUUUUUUUACAACUCAAUAAAUGUUUGACUAAGCCUCAAAUAAGCAAGUCUGUGAAAGAAAAUAAUCUAUGUUCCAUUUUAACAAUGUUUAAAAUACUUCAUAAAAUAAUGAUUCGAUUGAUAAAAUAAUUGUUAUAAUUUUUACCUUGAUUUUUACCCGCAUUUUAUUUUUAAACGGAAUUUUAAAAAAAAAUUAAAAUGUCCUAUCAGGUUUGUUUAUAUUUAGUUAAGAGCUUAUACAAGAACUGAAAAUAUGAAAAUAAAUUGAAAAAAUUCGCAUUGAUUUUAUAUUCAAAUAUUCUUUGGACCUGGAUUUAUGUCUAGGAAAUCACUAUAGAUAUCUUCUUUAAAUAUUGUUAAGUUCUACACUAUUACCAGGUUUCUUUGCAAAAAUACCAGUGUUUGAUGUUAGACCAUAGUAUAAUUAGUUACAUAGAAAAUAUUGUGACAUCCUUGACUUUAAUUUUUACAUAAAAGGAGAUUGGGCAAGAAUGUAUGAAGUUUGGUCCAAAUGUCCACCACGAACGAGACCUAUAUAAUUAAAUAGUUCACUUAAUUUUGAGUAACUUUUACUAAGAAAGUAAAAAAAAACAAUGUCAAAAAAAAGUUAUAGCCAAAAAUGUAUUCUUA